UGCUGCAGCCCUAGCAGCUGUGUCAUAGGAAGAAAAAUAAAGAGAUCUAGCAUUCAGAAUCAUAGUUUCAGUAACUAAACAAAGACUCGCGGUAUGCCAUUAUUGGAGAAUAUCGAUGCCAUGCCUGUUAACUCACCACCAGCGCCAACUACAGAAACAAAUGAUACACACCAGGAUCCGCCCGUACGUGAGAUAACACAGACGGAUCACCUGAAUAAGCGUUUGUUGAAGUCUUUGCUGGAUUCAAUGAAAACCACAACUGAACCGGAGGAAGAGUCAACUGAAACGGAGUCCAGCAACAGUGAUUUCGAUGACUAAAGUUGCUAUAUAUACAUUUAAUUAUUAAGUCAAAGUUUGGUCAUGAUUUAACUACAACUAAAAAAGAAU